CCAAUUCAACGUGAAAUCGGAUUGCACACAUAACAGCAGGUGGUAGGCUUUAUAGUGCAGCGACGCAAAUUAAUUAUCCACUAUUUACAGCUUAGAGGUAGCAUAGUACACCCAACAAAUUUUAGUGGAGGUAUUUCUAUUCGGUUUCUAUCUCUGUUCACAAUGAGCCACAAUGAAGACCUCAGCUCGAGUGCCGAGAAAACAAACGACGUCGAGGCGGCUGCUGCUGGCAAUUCACGCCAACAGCUGGGAACCUAUCGCGUUUAUGUGGUCACUUGGAAUGUAGGCAGUCGCUUUCCGGACAACAUAUCACUGCGCCAACUGCUCAGCUUGGAUGAUGCAAGCGAUGCUGCCAUCUCGGAAAAGCACUUGCCGGACAUAUAUGCCAUUGGACUGCAGGAGGUGAAUGCACAGCCACAGCAACAGGUUUUAAGCUUGUUUAAGGAGGAUCCGUGGACGCACAAGGCAAAGGAGCUUCUGCGCAGCUACAACUAUGUGUCGGUGAAGUCAGAGCAAAUGCAGGGCCUGCUGCUGACCAUGUUUGUGCGGCGCCCUCACGUGGAGCACCUGCAUGACAUCGAGGCGGAGUUCACGCGUACUGGCUUUGGCGGCAUUUGGGGUAACAAGGGCGCGGUGAGUGUUCGUUUCACAAUGUAUGGAUGUGGACUGGCCUUCGUGGUGGCCCACUUGGCUGCCCACGACCAUCAACUAGAUGAACGGAUCGAUGAUUACAAACAAAUACUGGAGAAUCACCAUUAUCACGUGAAACACUAUCGUGAGAUAUACGACCACGAUUAUGUCUUUUGGUUCGGUGAUCUCAACUUUCGGCUACAGGGCAACGACUCCUCAACAGAGGUUAGGGAGGCGUUGCGCGAUGAAAGCCAGCACGAGACUCUUAUAAAGCGGGAUCAGCUGUUGCAUGUUCGGGAACACACACAGCAAGCUUUCCAAGUGAUGCACGAACGAAUGCCUGCAUUUCCACCCACGUUUAAGUACAAGGAAGGCACCUCCGAGUACGAUUUGAAGCGUCGUCCCGCCUGGACGGAUCGCAUCAUGUACGCCGUGCAGCCGUCGAACCGUCAACGUGGCAUGCAGCUGGCCAUCGAACAGUGCUCGUACAAAUCCCACCCAGUCUACAACAUCAGCGACCACAAGCCGGUCACAAGUGAUUUUACUAUCAAGAUGUAUCCAAAUGUUCGUGCCCCAGGUGUGAGUUUCUCCCCGAUUUCGUUGUGGAGCAUUGGUGAUGAGAACACCGUGGAGUACCACAAGCAGGCGGAGUUCGAAGAAGGUCCCCAUGACUGGAUAGGCAUAUACCCCGUUGACUAUGCCAGCUUGGCGCACUACUCUGCCUAUGAGUACGUCAACCAGGCUGAGUCGCCAACUUCAUCGGACUCGAACAACGAGCGCGAAUACUUCGAUACGCCUGCCCCGCAUCGGCGUGGCCGCCACCAUCAUCGGAAUCGCCAGCGUCUGCGGCGCCAGCAAGAGACGAACGGAGAGCAAGUGCGCAUCGACUUUGCCGACGACGUGGAGCUACGGCAUGGUGAGCAGUACCUGCUCAUCUACUUCCGCAGCACAGGAUCGCGGGGUGUGACCAGCCUGUCGGGGAUCAGCAACGUGUUCGUGGCUGAGAAACGACGCGGUUCGCCUUAUCGGACUGAGUACCAUGUUGACUAGCUAGCCGAGGCGCUGGACGUCACUAUUAUUUAGUCCAAUAGCAACCUGAGUUCGUUUCGCCCUAUCAACUGCAUCCAUUCUUGUUAUGAUUGUCAUUUUGUGAUUCUGUUUAGUUGGUUGCCUGUUAAUAUAGUAUGUAUGUACAUAUUUGUUCAAUGUUUUUUGCAAUGACCCCGAUAUGUGUGCCUGUAUGUCCGCAGAGGACGUGUACAUAUACCUACAAGCAUUUAGUUAUACAUAUGUACACACAUUGUUAUAGAAUUAUACAGAAAAUCCAACAAAUAA